CCCAAUAUAACCUCAGCACCCAGCCAGCUGGAAGGGCCCGGUCAGCGGCCUUCUGUCUGGGCUGCUGGGGUGGGGACAGGCCGACCCUCUCUGCUCCCUUUUAUUUUGUGUUUACAAGUCGAUUAAAUGGACACAGUGAAGAAAGGUGACGAUCCGGGGGAAGUGGAGAUUUAUCUGGGGGACUCCAGUGACCCUGAAGAGUCUGAAGAUGAGGAGGAACCGCAGACGUUAUGGAGAGCCCAGCCUUCUGUGGACGAGGAGGAAGACAUUCAUACGUCCACACUAGUGGAAAUCAGUGAUACUAAACCUCUGAUUAAUUCAAGGGACCCCCGAGGUAUCAAUGCCUGCCUCAAGGUGGAAUUUGAGGACGUGAUAGCUGAGCCGCCAUCGGUGCGCAGCGGGGACAGAGUAUGGAUCUGGAGCAACGCCCUCUUUGAAGUGUCCAGGGUCUGGAUAUAUAGGAUAGUCACGGUGCUUCUGGCCAUUCCCAUGUCAGUUAUCUCUGGUCUUCUUUUUGCCGUCCUGAACUGCUUCCACAUUUGGACGGUUCGUCCCUGUAUCCAUUGUGUCCUCAUCGGGACUCGCUGGCUACAGAGUUUCUGGAGCAUCGUGCUGCAUGUCACUGUGGUCCCAUUGAUGACAAGUGCAGGAAAAGGUUGUGGAGGUUUAGGUAUACAUCUGUCCAAAGAAUGACACGAGAGGCACAUUCAGACUUGGACGCGUCGAUGAUGUGGACAAACAACAUUCUGUUCAUGUGGACUGAAACAAACAGAGGCAACAGAGAUUUUUUGAUUCUUUAAUGUAAAAAUUAUAUAGAAGAUGUCGAGCAAAGGCAUUCAUACCACUUAAACUUUUUUUCUAAUUUUGUAAUUUGACAUCAAACUUAAUAGUGGUUUUGAGUUUUAGAGCAAUGUUUCACGUAAUUACAAAAAUAGGAUGCACAGGUUUCAUUGUUUUGUAAUAAAUCUCUGAAAAAGU